AUGUCCACGAUAGAUGUUUUGAUUGUCGGGGCAGGUCCAACAGGACUUGUCUUGGCCCUCUGGCUUCAACGACUCGGAAUCAACUUUCGCAUCAUCGAUCAAGGGAGCAGCCCGGCGCAGAAUUCCCGCGCGCUGGUUGUCCAUGCACGCAUAUUGGAGUUGUACCGUCAAAUUGACAUGGCUGACGAACUUUUAAGUCAUGGGUACAAACUCCCAGCUACCAAUGUUUGGGUGAAUGGCCAACACUGUGCCCGCAUACCGCUUGGUGAAUUCGGUACAGGAAUGACGCCGUACCCAUUUUUGCUGAUUAUACCACAAGACAAGCACGAGGAAAUCCUCGAAAAACGUCUCAACUCACUCGGAGUAUUCGUGGAGCGGCGUACAAAAUUGGAGGGGUUUUCGGAUAGCGGAUCGGGAAUCUCUGCGACUCUUGUCAGUGAAGAUGAUGGAAUAGAGUCGACUUGCGAGAGCACUUACAUCGCUGGCUGUGAUGGAGCUCACUCCGCGGUCCGACAUACGAUGGGUGCCAAAUACGAAGGAGAAACCUAUGCACCAGUCUUCUACAUUGCCGACGUCGAGACUGAAGAACAAGAAAGCCCCUUUUAUAAUGGAGAGGGCCACCUGACAUUCGCCGAUAAUUCAUUUAACCUAAUAAUCCCACUCGCACAAGAACGACGCAUACGUCUGGUUGGGACUACCAUACCCAAGGACAAUGACCAACCAAUCGAUCAGUCUGAUCCUCCCCCAGAGCUGACUUUGGAGAGCGUGCUGCCGAACAUCAAGAAAACAUCGGGCAUAGAAAUCAAGAACACUAAUUGGUUCUCUGCCUAUCGUUGUCAUCACCGAGUUGCCGAAAAUUUCCGCAAAGGUCGUACAUUUCUUGUGGGCGAUGCGGCUCACAUUCACAGUCCUGUGGGCGGCCAGGGCAUGAACACCGGAAUAAUGGACGCCAUUAACCUAGCAUGGAAACUUGCCAGCGUUAUCAAACAACCUUCCAUGUCAGAGGAGUCAAAAAAUAAGCUUCUUGAUUCCUAUCAAUCAGAACGUCGCUCGUUUGCACUAAGUGUCGUUGGUGCGACCGACCACGGCUUCACGGUUCUCACAAGUCCGGGCUUCUUUGCGCAUAUGCUCCGUACCUGGAUAAUCCCAUAUCUUGCUCCGAUAGUCACCAGAUUUCAAUCUACACGAGCCGAGAUUUUUCGGCGUGGCUCACAGCUCGUCUGUUCAUACCGAGACAGCCCUAUCAACCAGCCUUACAAUAAUGGAGGUGCAAUUCAGCCUGGUGAUCGUCUUCCAUGGGCCGAGACCGAAAUAAGUGACAACUUUUCGACGCUUACUGGUAUAUCCUGGCAGAUGCAUGUGUAUGGUGAAGGACUCGAACCAUCGGAUCUUGCAAAGUGGUGUCGAGAAAAGAAUGUCAAACUCGCUAUUUUCAAAUGGGAAUCACGACAUGGCCAGGUUGGACUGAAGAAGCAUGCUGCCUACUUGCUACGCCCGGAUCAUUACGUUGCAGGAAUUUUUGAUCGGGAUGUUGAGUCCGAGGUGGAUAAAUAUUUUUUAUUUCACGGCCUUCAGUGCCUGGACGCUCGAUAA